AUGGCGAAUGGCUGGCUGAUGAUAGAGCGAUUGGAUGCACAUUUCUGGGAGCAUUCACGCCGAAAUGGCGAAGAAGAAGAAGAGGGUCGAGUCGGAAUCAGUGGAAGCACAGACCCAGCAUCGAAUGCUGGAAAUCAGUUGGAGCUUGUCAACGGCGACUCUCAGGAGACGAAGCAUCACCCGAAGAAGAAGAAGAAGAAGAAAAAUAAGAGAGAGAUUGAUCGGCACGACGUCGGUCCCAGGGAAAUCCCCACAGUCAGCAUUGCGGUCCCCGGUUCGAUCAUUGACAACGCUCAGUCUCUCGAGCUCGCUACCCGAUUGGCUGGUCAAAUUGCACGAGCUGCGACUAUUUUUCGAAUUGACGAGGUGGUGAUAUUUGACAGCAAGAGUGGUUCAAUGAAUGGUUCAACUGUUGAUGCAAUGUAUGACGUUUCAGAUGAUGAUGAGAGUGGCGCAGCUUUCCUUAUGAGUAUCUUGUGCUAUCUUGAGACACCACAGUAUCUAAGAAAAAAUCUAUUUCCUAAACAUAAUAGCUUGCGGUUUGUGGGUCUUUUGCCUCCACUUGAUGCUCCACAUCAUUUGCGCAAGCACGAAUGGGCUCCAUAUCGUGAAGGUGUCACCCUCAAGGAACCAGCUCCAAAUCGUACAGGAACACUGGUCGAUGUGGGCCUUAGUAAAAAUGUUUUGAUUGAUAAAGUACUUGAACCUGGAAUAAGAGUAACUGUAGCUAUGGGUACUGAUCGCAAUUUGGAUGCAGAUUUACCACGCCAGGUUGUCUCGUCUUCAAGGCCUAGGGAAGAAUUGGGAAUGUACUGGGGCUAUAAAGUGCGAUAUGCUUCCAAUGUCAGUUCUGUUUUCAAGGAGAGCCCACAUAAGGGUGGGUAUGAUCAUCUGAUUGGCACCUCAGAACAUGGUCAGUUUAUAAAGUCAUCAGAACUUAUGCUACCUUCUUUUAGGCACUUAUUAAUUGCUUUUGGUGGACUUGCUGGGCUGGAAGAGUGCAUAGAAGAAGACAACAACUUAAAGGGCAAAAAUGUUGAGGAGAUAUUUGAUUCAUACUUGAACACGUGCCCAAAUCAAGGAAGUAGAACCAUCCGAACAGAGGAAGCUAUCUUUAUAUCACUUCAGUAUUUUCAAGAACCAAUAAACCAAGCUUUGCAGAGACUUGAUCAUCAAAAUUACCAGCUUGAAGUUGUCAAAGAGCCACAUCAUCAGAAAGUUUAUGGGCCAAAUACUGAUCAAAAUUUCAAUUUGUGAUAUGCAGCCAGAGAUUUUCUACACUUAGGUGUUCUGGUAAUUGGUCGAGUUCAGCCUUUACCUUAUUUUGUUAGGUUUUACCUUUAAAAGGAUAUGCUAAUUCAAGUUUCCACCUUAUUCUCUUUGUUUUCUAUUUGAACUUGACCCGUGGCCGUGCUGCUAUCAAUUUGAAUGACUGAACUUGUUAAAUCAGAUCCACUGGGAUUGAAAUACUUUUGUCCACAAGUGCAAGUAGUGGUUUUUAUUUUUCCUAUAACCCCAGAUUCAUCAUCACUGGAAAGACAAUUGCAUGUGGCUUCAACCUGUUGCUUUGUGGGUGGGCUGCACCAUCCAAGUGAUCGUUUUGACUGGUUCA